UUUAGAAAGAAGAUUGUGGCAGCUCAACUGGUCAAGGGCACGUUGCUACACUGGCUCAGUGUUCAUCAUACACUUGUGAAGGGAGGGUGUUGCUCCGCUGCUGGCCACCACCUGGACGCUAUACACACGUGGGAGGCUACACACCAGUGAGAUGCCAUUCCUCAAGCUGGACCUUCACAACCAUAUCCUGCCACACACUUGGCCUAAUCUGAAAGAGCGUUACGGUUACGGUGGCUUUAUCCAGCUCGAUCAUGCCUCCUGCGCGACACCAGGGAAGGCGAAUAUGGUCAAAGAUGGUCAGCUCUUUCGUGUGGUUGAAGAGAACUGCUGGAGUGCCAGUGCCCGUCUCCGGGAGAUGGAUGACACUGGCGUCACUGUCCAGGCACUCUCUACUGUCCCGGUCAUGUUCAGCUACUGGGCCAAGCCUGAGGACACUCUUGAUUUAAGCAGGUUGUUGAAUGAUGAUAUUGCUAAAACAGUGAAGCAGAAUCCACAUAGAUUUGUUGGUCUGGGCACAAUACCCGCUCAAGCGCCCGAGCUGGCUGUUGAGGAACUUAAGCGACUUAAGGCUGACCUACAGUUCCCAGGCAUCCAGAUUGGUUCGCACAUUAAUGAUUGGAACUUGGAUGCCAAGGAGCUGUACCCUGUGUGGAAGACUUGUGAAGACCUGGGUCUAUCCAUAUUUGUCCAUCCAUGGGACAUGCAGAUGGGCGGCCGUCACAGCAAGUACUGGCUACCCUGGCUGGUAGGAAUGCCGGCUGAGACAGCCACAGCUAUCUGCUGCAUGCUAAUGGGCAACGUACUCGAGCAGUUCCCUGGGCUAAAGGUGUGCUUCGCUCACGGUGGGGGUUCCUUCCCCUUCACCGUGGGUCGUAUCCAACACGGGUACAACGUGAGGCCAGACCUCUGCGCCACGGAGUGCAGCACGCCGCCCCUCUCCUACCUCGGCAAGUUUUGGUGUGACAGUCUUGUCCAUAACGCCGAGGCCCUCAAGCUGCUUCUACAGGUGAUAGGAGAGCAUCGCGUCAUCCUAGGCUCAGACUACCCCUUCCCUCUUGGCGAACAUCAUCCUGGGAAACUAAUAGAAAAUUCGGACCUUCCCGAUUCUCUGAAGAAGAAAGUUCUGUUUGACAAUGCCCUUGAAUUCCUUAAUAUAGAUGCAUCACAGUUCUCAUAGUUUAAAAAAAAUUGCACAAUAUUAAAUACAUUAUUUUGUUUAGAUGAAAAGUAAGUUGCUUGAAGUGGCUUAUCAAGCAGAAUAUAUCUGUUAAAUUUGAUAUCGCCCAACCACUUGGGCUCGACACUAAAGCGACGGUCUCACUUCAUGCAGGUCCACGUUCAAUCCCCGACUGUCCAAGUGAUUGGGCACUAUUCCUCCCCGUCGUCCCAUCCCAAAUCCUGAUCCUGAUCCCUUCCAAGUGCUAUAGAGUCCUGAUGGCUUGGCGCUUUCUCUUGAUAGUUUUCUUCCCUCUCGUUAUGUUUAUAUCUUUCAGUUUUGUCUUCAUAAAACAUUAGAUAUAUAAUAUUAUGUAUGAAUCAAAAUAUAGAGGAUUAUACAAAGACAAACAGCAUACAAUUUUGUUAAAAAACAAGGCUGUUUAUUAAAGACUUACGAUUGAUCAAAAAAUGCAUAGCACCUACGGUACGCCUAUAUAUAUGUUAAGUUUAAUUUUAAACCUAUAUACGAUAUUAAUCUCAUCUACAUCUUCUGCCAAGCUGGCUCAUAUUCACUCCAGUAUAUUUAUGAAGUAUAUUUCUUCAUCAAAAGUUAUUGGACUGAAAUAUUAAAACGAUUGUCACAUGUUUAAUUGGGAAAUAUAUUUUUUAUGAAAAGAAAAAAGAUUGUCAUGGCCUUUGAUAAUUUUGAAUGCUUGUAUUAACUCGCUGUUAUUGACAAUCUUGCAAGACUGAAAAUAUUCUUCUUUUCGAAGUGGAUGUCAUAUUGAUUUGUAUCGUCGUGUGGCUAUUGUCUUCGUCACUCAACACCUUCCAUCCCAUCAACAUAUCCACACAUAAUGGUGACGAUCGUACUAUUCGCAUUGUCCUAGUAAAAGACACACCAAUUACUUUACUGAAUUGAAUCUUUAAACAUUGUCGGUAAAGCCUGGCAUUGUUGGCCUUUUUAUCAUUGUCUCUCAUAUAUAUAUAUAUCUGCCUCGGUGUACUACGUACUGGGCUCCAGACUACUGUAUAAUACAGUAGUCUGGAGCCCAGUACAGUAGCAGACUACUGUAUAAUACAGAUUACAAUAAUACACUCAGGUUCCUUAAAUCAUUUCCUUUCGUUAGUUCUGUGGAGUUUAUUCAAUAUCUUGCCGUUUUUUUGUAUUCUUCCAAUAUUAACUACUGUACUUUGCAUUUAUCAACAAUUAAUCUCAUUGGGCAAAUUCAUUAAGCUGUCUCGUUGCAACCCGUUCUCGCACUUGCUUAUUGUCAAUAUUGGCUUAUUUAAUAAGUGCAUAUGUGACAUACUAAUUGAUUGUGAAUAUUUUAGUUUACCUUGAAAAGCUUCAUAGAAAACACCGACCUCACCUAACCUUCUUAGUAUGUUAAGAUAAGCAUCUUAUUGCUUCUUAAUUACAAUUAUUACUUAACCUAUACUGUUGAUAGGUUACCAUACACGUUUAGGCGUUCAAGUGUUGCUGUGGGUUUGCUCCCUAGUUUAGUGUCAUUGGGGAAUUUCUAUAACGCAAAAACAGAAUUAAUUACAAUACGAUCCCUUGUGGCAAACCCCCUCGUUAUGUCAGCUAUUGUUUGCAUUCAGAUACCCGAAUUUCCUAGCCAUGUUAGUGAACAUCUGUUUGCACUGUAGUCCUGUAUUUCAGAAGAAUUUUACGAGAAGCGUUUUUCCAUCUGUUUUUGAAAUCUAGGAAUAUUAUGUCUACUGCAUUUGUUACAUUUGAGCCAUUUUUGUUAGGCAGCUCAGUACUAUAACCACCCAGCCAUGGAUUACCUAAGGCUAGGCAGUCAUUGACAGAGAGGAUAUACAUUAGGCUACCAGGGGUAGCCUAAGAUUCUUGGGAGGGGGGUGGGAGCAGGCUCAAAUCCUAGACGUAUCAUAGAGCGACGUACAUUGGCUUGGAACUAUUCAAGCUUUACACAUACACAUAUAGAUAUAGAAUAUUUUACUUUUAUAUUAUGUUAUCUUAGUAUUUGUUUUGCAUGUCCAGUAUAGAAAAAUAUGUGGCCCCAGCUCCUGAACUUUCUUGUGCCUCUGGGAGGCUUCUGCUGCAGCCCACAGGAUGGGCAUAGAGCUGCAUGUUAAAUUCUGAAAGUAGUUCAUCAAUGAUGUAAUUUGCUUAGCUAAACGUAAACUGAAUGAGUGAAGUACCACCUCUCUCAGGAUAAGUGUGGAGAACAUAAUAAAUGAACUAACCUAA